GUCUCUCUCUCUCUCUCUCUCAUCAAAUUUAGUCAAACUACUCUCUCUCUCUCUCUCUCUACCCUCAGUGCCUAUGGAAGAAAGCACAGAGGCGUUCCUGGUUCGAAAACUGGAGCUCAAUGAUUACUCCAAGGGCUUCAUCGAGCUCCUGUCCCAGCUCACGGCAUGCCCCCAUAUCACUGAAGAAGACUUUCACUCUCGAUUCCAUGACCUACAAUCUCUAAGCCAAGAUCACGUCAUUUGUGUCAUAGAAAACCCUAAUUCCCAUGAAAUUGUGGCCACUGCUUCACUGUUCGUGGAGAGAAAGUUUAUCAGGAACUGCGGAAAAGUUGGUCACAUAGAGGAUGUGGUUGUUGAUUCUAGGGUUAGGGGAUUGGGAUUAGGGCAAAUGGUGGUGAAAUAUUUGUCGGAUUAUGCCAGAUCGGCUGGCUGUUAUAAGGUUAUAUUGGGUUGUGCUGUUGAAAACAAAGGGUUUUAUGAGAAGUGUGGAUUCAAGGAGAAGGGUGUUCUGAUGUCAUUAUAUUUAUGAUAAAUGAAUCGAUGGUAAUUGUGAUUUUC